CUCUUACAACUGCGAUUUAUAUAGCUCAGGAAAAUACAUCUUUUCUUGGAGGUGAGGAUGAAAAAUUUCAGUCUGGAAUUAUUAAAAAUUAUGAGCAAAUAAAAUAAAGAUGUUAGAAAGUAAUCUAUAAAUCAAUCUUAAGAAGGCUUAUUUGAUUUAUGAAUAGCAUUUUUUCUGCAUAUAGUAUAAAUUCCUGGCAAAAUAAACUAGUAACAUUUUCACAGCAGUGAAAAUUGGUAGAUAUUUAUUUCAAGAAAAGGAGAUCAAAUGCUGCCCACACCAUAAUUAAACAACACUUGUAAUUAUGUGUUCCUUAUCACAGCUCACUUAUUAUCCAGGAUCUCCCAUAACUGCGUGUUGCUAUAUACAAAAUGGUAAACUCAAGAUUUGACACCUCAUACAUGACUUGCAGGUGAAGAUUUCUCAUUUGCAUAGUAAUCCGGCACAGCCAGAACAGGCUUCUGAAUUUGCACAUGUGAUAGAAAGCACUAAUUUUGUGAUGAAAGAUUCCAGUCCUGAUUUUGGAAAACAGUCCCCAAAGCUCAUGUGUUGAGAGAAAAAUUUAUACUGAGCUUGAUUUGGGAUGAAUUCCUAAUCACAUUAGCUAUAAAGAAGGCCUUUUAAUUUCACGGUCCCUGGGAAAGUGAAACGAGUAAGCUGAAAGCACUGUGAAACAACUUCUGCGUGAACAUCUGAUACUGGAAGUCUUCAACUAUCUACACUGAGGAUCUUGUGGGAGAAGUUAGCGCUUGCCUUUCUUUGAAGUUACCAGCUGAAUUCUGAAGACUUUGUAAAAGAGCAGAACACUUUGCUGGACUGAUACAGCACAAAGGUGGUGAAAUUGCAUCGCUGUUAUGGAAUGUUUUUCAGAACAUUUUGAGAAGAGGAAGAUGGGGAUGACCAGAAGGACUUUUUUGAUGGAGCUGGCAAGAAGAAAAGGUUUCAGAGUAGAAAGUGAGCUAAGUGACUCUGUCACUCAUAUUGUGGCUGAGAACAACUCUUAUCCGGAGGUGCUGGACUGGCUGAGAGGACAGGCUGUGAGUGACAGUUCCAGGUUUGAACUGCUGGAUAUCUCCUGGUUCACAGCCUGCAUGGAAGCAGGAAGACCAGUUGAUUCAGAAAUGAAGUAUCGUCUCAUGGAACAAGGUCAGUCUCCUGCUUUGAAUACAUCUGAAUCAGAAGUGCCAUCGUUUAUUGCAAGCAAGGUAUCUGAGUAUUCAUGUCAAAGGAAGACAACUUUAAAUAACUACAACAAGAAAUUCACGGAUGCCUUUGAGAUAAUGGCUGAAAAUUAUGAGUUCAAAGAAAAUGAAAUAAUCUGCCUGGAAUUUCUGAGGGCAGCUUCUGUCCUGAAAAGUCUUCCAUUUCCAGUAACCAGAAUGAAAGAUAUACAAGGGUUGCCCUGCAUGGGAGACAGAGUCAGAGAUGUCAUUGAGGAGAUUAUUGAAGAAGGAGGAGAGAGUUCUAGAGUUGAAGAAGUGUUAAACGAUGAACGGUAUAAGUCAUUUAAGCAAUUUACUUCAGUCUUUGGAGUGGGAGUGAAGACAUCUGAGAAGUGGUACAGAAUGGGUUUACGAACUCUGGAAGAGGUAAAAGCUGACAAGACCCUGAAGCUGUCAAAAAUGCAGAAAGCAGGGUUUCUCUACUAUGAGGACCUUGUUAGCUCUGUAUCUAAGGCAGAAGCGGAUGCAGUAAGCUUGAUUGUCAAGAAUACUGUGUGUAUGUUUCUACCAGAUGCUUUAGUUACCAUAACUGGUGGUUUCAGGAGGGGUAAGAACAUCGGGCAUGAUAUAGAUUUUUUGAUCACCAAUCCAGGACCAAGAGAAGAUGAUGAACUUCUGCAUAAAGUUGUUGAUUUAUGGAAAAAGCAGGGUUUACUCCUAUACUGUGAUAUGGUUGAAUCAACAUUUGUAAAGGAGCAGCUACCAAGCAGAAAAGUUGAUGCCUUCGAUAAUUUUCAGAAAUGUUUUAUAAUUUUGAAAUUACAUCAGCCAAGAGUAGAAAACAGCAGUUACAACACAUCGAAAAAAUUUGAUAUGGCAGAAGUCAAAGACUGGAAAGCAAUCCGUGUGGAUCUGGUCAUAACCCCCUUCGAGCAAUAUGCAUAUGCUCUAUUAGGCUGGACAGGCUCCAGGCAAUUUGGACGUGACUUGCGGAGGUAUGCUACUCAUGAAAGGAAGAUGAUAUUGGAUAACCAUGCCUUAUAUGACAGGAGAAAGAGGAUCUUUCUCAAAGCUGGAAGUGAGGAAGAAAUCUUUGCAUAUCUUGGCUUGGAUUAUGUCGAACCAUGGGAAAGGAAUGCGUAAAGUGAUUUGCCAGUGUACAUUCAUCAGCUGACAGCAGUAGUCUUUCAGUCUAUCGUGCAGUCUCAUUUAGACAAAGAAAGAGAUUAUGACAACUAAAAAAUUAUAAAUAUAUAUUAGUUAGAAGCCAUUAUACUUGCUGAUGCUCCUAGAAAAGAGGAGUUUAAGUUCUUCAGAAUCCUGUCCAAUAUUUUCUGUUACAGUGUUUGAAGUUUGUUUGUUAUAGUUUGUUUGAAGUUUUCUUUUUAGUUUAAGUUUAUAGUUUGCUUGAAGUUUGUCACAGGAUGACAAGGUAGACCAUUUUUAGAGGGAAAAACUUGAAAAUGGUGAGGUUUUUGCUUGUGAUAGGAAUUUAACAUUCCUGUGAACUAUACUUGCUUGUUAAAAUAUUGUCAGCUACGACAAUAUCUAAAUAAUACAAAAUAUUUGAGCUAAGUCUGAAAAUUACUGAUAGGCAUGCUUAUCUUUAACUGAAUUUCAUAAGUAUUUUGCUGAAACCAUAUAUAAAGUUGCUACUGUAUAUAAGGCUUAACGACCUAGGCAGCAAUUAGUCUGGGAAUCUCAGUAAGUUGAGGCUUCAGCUGUAAUAUUUUUCCAGGCAAAGCACCACUCCUCAAAACUGUAAACAAGUUGAGAAUUCAGUGAGUUAAAAAACAUUUCACGGGAAGGGAUUCUGGAAAGGAAAAGUGGAGUAACUCAGUAGCAAUCUUCACCUGUGACCAAAAGUUACUAUAAAUUUGGUGUACUUAUUUGGACUAAAGAAGAUUCAGGUUGUGUGAUGUGAUGGUCAUUAAUCAGGAAUUUGAAUCAUAACCUGCAUGAAAACAACAGCUUUAAUUGUCAGGCUGGUGGCUGCUCUAAGGUGGGAGCUUUUAGUUGUCUGUGCUCAAUUUAGAUAGCUGGAAAUUUAUUUAUUAGUAGAUAUAUAUGCAUUGAAAUGGAAGUUUACCUGAGCUGUUUGGCUAUUGCUGCUCUAGAAUGGUAUUCCCUCUUUUUGGUCAGAAAUUCAUCUUGGUUGUGAUAGACUUUCAGAAAAUUUCCAGGUAGCUCUUGUGACUGUAAUGACAAUGAAGAAUUUGUAAUACAUUUAUCCUUUAAUGAACAAGGGCAUGCAGUGCUUUAGGACAUGAGGUUGCUUUCUGGCCAUUAAUUUUUCAUUUGUAGAAUAAAGAUGAUAUUUAUAUAUCAGAUAUAGUUACAUGACAGUUCUGGUGCAAAUAAAAACCGUGCUGAA